AUGUCAUUUAAGAACAACGAUCAGACGACAACAUCAGACAGUUUUACCUUUCCUGACGGACUACACCACGCGCGCCAGAACUGUUACUCGUUUUCCCGGAUAGCACGAGAAGUGGAGAUGGGACGCUCCGGUUACGACACCACUUUCGUGCCCACCCCGGGGCCGAAGCGCGACGCUUCCCGACCUACAGGUCCGAGCAGCCAAGCCGAUGCCGCACACGCCGCCUCUUCGGGCCAGGGCUUGAAGAGGGAGGCACAGGCCGCGCGCAACAGCAACACGGCAGGUCGUAGCGCGGUCAAGGGCGGGAGAAACGCUUGA